GGUAAGCGCAAAGAGGGCUUCACCUUACACCUUCGACCACAACAGCUCAAAGCUCGCACACUUACUCCCGCUCGCUGUACGACCAACCAAGCGCUUGCCAAACUGGAUUACAACACAGAUAAUAACGGACCAUGGGAGAAAAAUCCUGCUGUCGCCGUGAGCGCUGCUGGCAGCGCCGGCGGCAGUAUUGGAGGCAUUGUCGGCGGCUCAAUUGGCCCUGGAUCGGGCACAAUGACAGCAGUGACAAGUGGCGCCAAUGCGAUUGGUAUUACAACAACCACCGCAGCAACAGCCACACCAAUAGCCAACACUGUCGGUGCUGGCAUUAAGCCACUGCAACAGCAGUUACAACAACAAUUGCUGCAACAGCUGCAACAAAGGCAUAUGCAACAACAACAACAUCAACAACAUUUACAGAGCGCAGUCAGCGCUGGCGCUGGCAGUGUCGUCUCAGUUGGUGGCACCAAUAAUUCUGCCGCUGGCGGCCAUUCGCAUUUGCAUGCCACCCACUCACAUCCGCAUCAACAUACACACGCCCAUACACACGGGCAUGCACAUCAGCAUGUACACCAUCAAGCAGCUACUGUUGCACUUUUGCAGCAACAGCAAAAACAAUUGCAGCAUCAACACUCGCAUCCGCCAUUGGCGCCACAUUCACAUCCACCGCUACAGCAUCAUGUUUCACUUGGCGGUGCUGCAUCAGCAGCCGCAGCGGUCGCCGCAGCAGCAGCUGCUUCCUCCAAUGCAAAUGCAAAGAACGCUAGUGGCGUGGGCGGUAGUGGUGGUGGUGGUGGCAGCAGCAGCAUACAUGUCAGCACCAGCGUGGAGCGGUCGCGUUGUCGAUCACCGAUGAUGUUAUGCCACAGUCACAGCGAUGGCGAGUUUCCCAUGUAUAAAG